CCACCUCUAUACCGCUACCCGGCGAAUUUGUCAGGUCACAGAUGUCAAUAAUUUAAAAAGUUUACACAAUUUAUAAUAAAAUAUUAUUUCGAAAUGAUUAAGAAUUUAGCUCAAUAUCUAGAAUUGACUCUCGUAUAAUAUUUCUUAUCGGAGUCUUUUAAAAGAAAUACGCAUUUUAUUGUAAAUUAUAUUACUAUGUCUUCGCCUAUAACCGCAAAAUUUAGCUUAUUAAGUAAUUCUCGAGAUGAUAAUGCCAUAAAAAAUGUCUGGAAUCACAAUUUAUACGAAGAGUUCCAUGUAAUUAGACAGGUUGUUCAGAAAUACCAUUGGGUCGCUAUGGAUACAGAGUUCCCGGGGGUCGUCGCACGUCCGAUAGGCGAAUUUAGGUCUACAGCAGACUACCAAUAUCAACUCUUAAGGUGCAAUGUGGAUCUGUUGAGAAUAAUUCAACUGGGUCUCACUUUUAUGGAUGAAAAUGGCAAAACUGCCCCAGGUUGCUCUACUUGGCAGUUCAAUUUCAAGUUCAACUUACAAUCUGUUGUUGCCAGGGAGGAUAUGUAUGCCCAAGAUUCUAUAGAUUUAUUACAAAACUCUGGACUUCAAUUCCGUGAGCAUGAGGAACAUGGAAUUGAACCAUUAGAAUUUGCUGAGCUAUUGAUGUCAUCAGGCAUUGUCCUCAUGGAUAAUAUUAAUUGGCUCAGCUUUCAUUCCGGCUAUGAUUUUGGAUACUUGCUUAAACUUUUAACAGAUCGAAACUUACCUCAGGAGGAAAAUGACUUUUUUGACAGUUUAAGAUUAUACUUUCCCACAGUAUAUGAUGUCAAGUAUCUUAUGAAAUUGUGUAAGAACUUAAAAGGUGGGUUGCAAGAAGUAGCAGAUCAAUUGGAAUUGAGAAGAGUUGGGCCUCAACAUCAAGCUGGUUCAGAUUCUCACCUUACGGGAAUGGCAUUUUUUAAAAUAAAAGAGAUAUUCUUUGAUGGCAACAUUGAAAGCACGAGUGGACAUCUCUAUGGACUUGGUGCCCCUUUUUCAACCAAUGCAAAUAAUUUUCAAGAAAAUAUGGAAAACGGCAGUUCUUGACUCAAUGAGUGUUUUAAUGCAAGUGAUCAAGUGUUAAAUGAAUCGUUGGAAAAACGAGAAAUACAUAAGAAACAUAGGUGCUGUGAUCGUUGUGUACCUGAAGGCAAUAUAAGUCGUUAGUUUUUU